UGUAAUUUAGGUUCAUUUAUUUCAGAUUUAUCUCUGCUAUCGACAGCUAAUUUGUGGUUCAGCUUUGACAGAUAGAGGCUGUAAAACUAGGUACAUUAUGAAUUCUACAGGCGACUACACCUUGUGUAAUCUGGACACUCGGACCUAUUCCACAAAUUACCAACACGAUCAGGUUGUCUGCGGGAACGGAUACGGGUAUCAAAACGUAAACAAUGGUUUGAUGGACACAGGACAGAUCGGAUACACAGGAAACCAUGUACAUAAUACGCAAAAUGGACCUACAAUACACGAUGUCCCGGGACAGACUUUACAUAGACUUUCGCCAGUUGACCCAAGUCAAAAUCAUCACAUUUCUUCAUAUAGUCAAACCAUGAUACCAGACUUACACGACGAUUAUGUCAGUUUACAGCAAGUACAACCGAGCCAUGCGGACUCACAAAAUUAUUCUAUGUCAUAUUUUAACGGACAGGGAAAUUUACAAAAUGGGGAAGUUUCAAGUCACAGCCAGUGUGGUGGUUACGGCUAUAAUAACUUGGACAACGGCUCCCCAACUAGUGAUAUCACCAAUUACAUUCCCAGAACUAGCCAAAAUAUUUCUCAAACGGGUCCGCCGCAAGAACUGGAAAGUCACAUAUCACAACGGCAGCCUCCGCAACAAACGCCAAGUCCGCCUAUAGCCACGUAUAAAUGGAUGCAAGUAAAGCGAGGAAAUCAAACAAAAAUAGGACCAUCUGCAAUGAACAGGGAUAUCUCAUUUUCUCCGUGGGGAGGUGAGUGCUACAUUUCUUCACAAAAAAUCAACGACUAUGGCUUUGCCGGACAGCCGAAUACGGGAAGGACCAAUUUUACAAACAAACAACUUACGGAACUGGAGAAAGAAUUUCAUUUUAAUAAAUAUCUCACGCGGGCACGGCGGAUAGAAAUCGCCGCCGCACUAGGACUAAAUGAAACCCAAGUAAAAAUAUGGUUUCAAAAUCGGCGGAUGAAGCAAAAGAAACGGAUGAAGGAGGGAUUGGUGCAAAAUAAUAACACUGCCGCAGACACUAAUGGCCAAUGUACACAACUUCAGGAUGAUUCGACAACGAGCGAAGACUAGGUCUUCUAAUUCCGGACAGUGUGCUCUAUUCUCGGACGGUCACAUUCUAUGGCGGAAGAUGAUUCGAAAACUAUUAGAGUAAACUGCCAUUUUCUGAGGCUAUCGGGUAUAAUUCAAUGGCAUGUUUUCUUUGUCAGGGUUCGAAUACUUGUCUUGUUACUCAACCCUCCCGCCAAUUAGAGGGCUGGGGCUCAAAAACAUCGACUUGACACUGUAAUCAGGCAAGGGCUGCAGGCCAUGACUCACGAAGGAAGAAGGUGCCAUAUUAUGCCUGCAGCAUUCAAACACUGUAACUGUCGAGGUUUAUCAGAAUACAGUCACAAACCUAAGAUCUGAUGUUCCCCAGCUCAGAACAUUCUGCUCUUUCUCUGAACUUUCGAAAAACACGGUUCAAAGUAUUUUUCAAAGAAAAAUAUACCUGUACACAGUCAUGUAAACAGAAAUUUAUAAAACGUAUGUAUACAUUUUUGAUGUAAAAGAUGUGAGGUUAUUUAUUUAUGUGGACGUGUAUAUAAUGAGUGUAUGUCAGUUGGUUUACUGGUGAAUAUUUUUGUGUUGUGACCAAGAUUAACGAAACAAAUGGUGCUUUAGCCCUUCUGUCAAUUCUUUAAUAUAGUGAUGACUUGGAAAAUACCACGGUGGACAAAUGUCGUCUCGCAUUUGUAUUUCUCAAGUGACGCCACUUCCGUGGUAAACCCGAUACCAUUAUCUUUUUUGAAUCCAUGUGCUUAUAAAAGGAACCGGACUGAAUGUUUAAUUAUCAAUAGAGCUCUCUGGAAAGCUUACUCGCCCGGAUGUGUUCAGGGUGGUAUCCUCAAAGUCAAAAAUACGUUCAUGCAGACAGGAAUUAGAACUUUCUGUUCAAUUCUAGUAGAAUAGAAUAGUUUGUGAGCACUCUCAAUAAUGACUAAAACCAGUCGCCACCGUGUGACGAUUAUUUUACUUUUGUUCUUCAGGCUGCUCUUCGGUAGGCAAGUGUACUGAUAAUAACGCUACCUCAAUUAGCAAUAAAGCUAGUGAUCUUUAUAAACUGACGACCUUUGUAUCGUGGAUCAGUUAGAAUUCGAUGAUCCCACAUGUCGACAUUGAUAACUUUUAUAAGAUAUUUGUGCUGAUUCAAACCCCCGAGGUUCCCAAUUUAUUUCAACAUUCUGAGAUUGUAGUACUUAAAUUUGCAGUUAGAUUUCAGAGCACGACAUAUUUCCGGUCGUCUAUGAUCCUCUUCGGCUAUCAAACGCCUGGCAUUAGUGCUCUAACAUGCAACUUCCGUCUUUGACCUUGACAUUAAAGGUCAAGGUAAGUCACGUGUACCUUGCAUGUUUGAUUAUGGCAGUCCGUUAGAUGGUGUUUCAGUCCGAGGAUGGCUGUAGAAGGAGGCCUUCAGGGAGUGAUGUUUUAUAUUCCAAAUAUAUUAACACUGAUCCAUAAAACUUGGCAUUUGUUGAGAUUAGCUUUGCCAGCCUCUAUAUCACAUGUACAAACUGUCUGCCAUAACCUUCCAGUGUCAGCACUCUGUAAUGUACGACAAAUAUGUAUAAAACCUGAAUCUCUGAGCAAUAGAACCACUCGUGUAUUAUAAAGUAGUUGUGGAUGUACAAGGUAUUUGACUUAUUGGGCUUCAACAUUUUAUUUUAUGAUCUCUUGCAAUAUGUUCUGUGUGUAUGGCGAAUUAUUGUAUUAAUUUGUUGUGUCACUGAUCUCAAUUGGACUGGCGCCACAGUUCGGUUUCGAGUAGAGUAUGACAUCAAGAUAUGUCGGUUUCAGAUUCUCCAGUUUUGUUUCAGUUAGAAGUGAAAUAAAGGAAAAUGGAUGCAUGUAAAAUCAAAAUCGAGAAGGAGUCGUUGUGACCUCACUGAUGGCAUUACAAACUAUGUAUGCAGUCUGGUUGAGUCACAACGGUUCUCAGUAAUGUUAAAUAGGGCCAUGCUGGAAACGUAUAGUUGAAAGACAAUAUUCACCGUUAAGUUAUAAAGGCGUUUGUGUUUAGUUACUCUUUCUCGAGGGAAAAAUGUUGUUCUUACGUCAGAAUAGGCCUAUUUGUGAUAAUCGGCCGAGCCUUCUUUCCAUUGCCUGAUAGAUGUAAAAGGGGCCAACCAGAUAAAAUCAUUAGAAAGUUUGGAAAAGGUUGGAAUCUUAAUCACCUUUUAGGUAAACAAUGAAACAGUUCAAGUCGAAUGCCAUUGAUGAGCAUUCCUAUCUAAUUUCUAGUCAUUAACAGAAAUUGCUACGACAAUGAAUCAAGAACUGUGUAUUUAUCGAUAUUCUUUUUCGUUUGUUUUGUCAUAUUGGUGAUAGUGGCUCAAAAGAAUCAAAUUUCUGGGCUAUACUUAAUCAACAUAGAGAGAGAACAAUUAAGUUCAUAUACAAGUGGGAAUCUUGAUGACAAAUUCGUGAUGGGUUACUUAAGGAAAGAGCCGUAACAAGCCGCCAUAUUUCUGAAAAACACUGUCAUACAGUCCUUAAAAAGGCUUUUUUUAGCUUUUGAAAAAAAGAAAUGUUUUUCAGUUUGGGUUAGGCGAGCACCAACCAAUUACACAAUGUCUCGCCUAACCUCUAGUUAUCUCGUCACCCACAAUACCGGUUCACAGGCCAUAUUUUACACAGAGUAGAUUAUCGUUUAAGGUGGUUAUUUUGCAGUUGUGUCUCUCGUGUCUGUAUUCAACUCAUAAGAAGCAGGGUAUUGUCUUUUUGAAAUAAAUUAAUUCUUCUUCAUGAAA